ACCAUUCAUCUCGCUCCCACAUACACAGACCCUCCUGUGUGGCAGUAGAGGUAGAGAGACUUAACACUAUGCUUCUCGAAAGGAAAAUUGGUAAAUCCAUCCUAGGCAAGGUACAUCUAGCCAUGGUCCGCUACCACGAGGCUGGGCGUUUCUGUGAGAAGGAUGCACCAUGGGACCAGAUUUCUGCAGUGUAUCAUUUGGAAAGAGCUGCCAUGUGCGGAGAGCUUGAGGCUAUAGUUGCCCUUGGCCAAUGUUAUCUUCAGCUGCCACAUCACAUUCUACCAGAGAUCGAAUUAGAGGCAUCUGUGGAAAACAGCAAGAAGGGUUUCCGCUUUCUGCUGCAGGCCGCUGAGGCAGGAGACCGGCCGAGUAUGAUUCUAGUAGCACGAGCAUUGGACAGGGGUUUGAACCUCCCUUCUGAUAGGGCUAUGGACUGGAAGCAGGCCGUGUACUGGUAUGACUCUGCCCUUAAGAUGACGGACUAUGACGAGGGGGGAGAGUUUGAUGGGAUGCAGGAUGAGCCACACUACCUUCUGUUGGCACGAUUGGCUGAGAUGUACCAGGAGGGAGGGUACAACCUGGAUGCAGACCCCCAAAGAGCAGGUGAUCUUUUUACUGAGGCGGCUGAUGCAGCUAUGGAGGCCAUGAAGGGCAGACUGGCCAAUCAGUACUACAUGAAAGCAGAGGAAGCAUGGGCUAUGAUGGAAGAAUGAAAGUGCUGGUGUGGAAAAAAAGCAUGAACAUAGUUCCUAUUUUGCACCCAGCGCCUGUUUACAUGCCGUUUUCAAUGCCUUAUGUUUUCUUUGGGUCCCUUUGACUUAAGAGAACUAAUGUUGAUAUUGGAUCCGUUUUCUAAUGAAUGUGACAAGGGCAUACGCUGAUUCAGUGAUAUACUGAGGUGCUACGUACACAUAUUCUCCUGAUUAAUUUUUCAUUAAGAAUGGUUGCACAGUGUCUGCAACCUGUUUAGGUUGCUUCAUGGGAAUAUGUGCAUUAUCUGUCAGUUAUUUCUUUCUCCUGUUUCCAACUGGAUGUUUCUUUAAUAAACACGUUGUGACUGUUAAAAAAUGGCAUCCCUGAUUGAACUUCUGUCAAAUUAAUUUGCUAGUAUUGUUAGAUCUGAUGUCUAAGAAUAUUAAGCAUCAAUAGCUAUUGCUGUGAGUUUUAACCUGUUUUCUGUUGACUGUCAAAAAACUUUCAGAAUUCACUAUAAUCAAGGAGUGUAGAAGUGUGAUCAUUUUUCCUGGUUAUUUUUCAAAUGAGAGCAAGAUUACAAACAAACAAUAAAAUCAUAAUGCUU